GGACCAACUUCCGUUUCCAACCACCUCAACCUCUCGCGAGAACUCCACGACUUCCUCUUUGCACGGAACCGACAUCCAAGAUGUCUCUGGUAAUCCCCGAGAAAUUCCAGCAUAUUCUUCGUGUACUCAACACGAACAUCGAUGGUAGGAGGAAAAUCGCCUUCGCCAUCACCGCCAUCAAGGGUGUUGGCAGACGUUACGCCCAUGUUGUCCUGAGGAAGGCUGACAUUGACCUCAACAAGAGAGCUGGAGAGCUAACGGAGGAGGAGGUGGAGCGUGUGGUGACCAUCAUGCAGAAUCCCCGGCAGUACAAAAUCCCAGACUGGUUCCUCAACAGACAGAAAGAUGUUAAGGACGGCAAAUACAGCCAGGUCCUUGCCAACGGUCUGGACAACAAGUUGAGAGAGGAUCUGGAACGGCUCAAGAAGAUCAGGGCUCACCGUGGUCUCAGGCACUUCUGGGGUCUGCGUGUGCGUGGUCAGCACACCAAGACCACCGGCCGUCGUGGUCGCACCGUCGGUGUGUCCAAGAAGAAGUAAACUCACUUCCUUUUGUUUCAAUAAAACGACAACAACA